GCUUUCAAGAGGGGUUGGUGCAUGAAAGGAGAGAGCUCUGCUGUUUGUUGACGGUGUCAGAUGGUGAUAGAUGAUAUCCGACAACACUAAAACAAUGUCUGGAGCAGCUAUAACAUGCAGGCAGUUUUCUGCAAGUGAAUAAGUGACUGGACUCAAAGGUCAACUGAACACAGCAGCAACAUGAGAGAUUACGAUGGAAUCACAGCUUUCUUGGGAACAUGGGGACCCUUUCAGCGGACAAUCUUCUUGGCAUUGGCCAUCAGUAUCCUGCCCAAUGGGUUUACUGGUAUUUAUAUAGUGUUUGUAGGUGAUACACCGCCACAUGAAUGCUAUGUUCCUGAGGAGUAUAAUAUCAGUGAGAUGUGGAGAAAUGUGACCAUCCCAAUGGAGACAAUAAAUGGUGCAUCGCAGCAUAGCUCUUGCUCAAGGCUCAAAGUGGAGACAGUUAGAAACUACUCUAUCCUAAAUAUCAUUCCAAAUGUGGAUGUCAACGUGAGUGAAAUUGAGCUUGAAAGUUGCUUGGACGGUUGGAAAUACAGCAAAGACGUCUACCUGUCAACAUUCGUCACCGAGUGGGAUGUGGUGUGUGAUAAUGCAUACAAAGUUCCCUUGACCACUUCAAUUCACUACUUUGGUGCGCUGGUGGGAACGUUCAUCUCUGGCCAGCUGUCUGACAGGUUUGGAAGAAAGCCAGCACUCUUUACUAUGAUGAUAAUCCAGAGUGUGGCCACUUUCGCACAAAUAUUCUCCCCAAACUGGCAGGCAUUCACUAUUUUUUUCUUCUUUGCUGGUGCUGGAUCAGUCUCAAACUACAUCAUAGCGUAUGUUCUUGGGACAGAAAUACUGAGCCCUGGAGCUCGUGUGGUAUUCUCCGCUCUUGGAGUGUUCCUGAGCUCUGCCAUUGGCUACAUGUUCAUGCCGGCUGUGGCAUACUUCAUCCGUGAUUGGAGGUGGUUGCUGGUUCCCAUGACAGGCUCUGGAAUAAUAUACUUCCCACUAUGGUGGUUCAUCCCAGAGUCUCCCAGAUGGCUGCUCUCUCAGGGAAGAGUGGAGGAGGCUGAGGCCAUACUGAGAGAUGCUGCCAGGAGGAACAGAGUCACAGCACCAGAGGUCAUCUUCACUCCCGCAGAGGUAGAAGAUGCUCUGGCCAUGAAGGACAAGAAACACAACAUUCUGGAUGUCAUGAGGAGCAGCAAUAUGCUUUCAAUUAUAAUUCUGUGUUCCCUUCUGUGGAUUAUUAUCACAUGUGGCUACUUCGCCCUGAUUUUGAACACCUCCAACCUCAGUGGAAAUCCGUAUAUCAACUGCUUCCUGUCUGGAGCUGCAGAAGUGCCAGCCUAUUUCAUUGCCCUGUUGCUGCUCAGAUACUGUCCCAGACAGUUUUGCCAGUCCUCCACUCUCUUCCUAGGGGGAGCUGUUAUUCUCUUCAUUAACAUGGUCCCAACAGACCUCCCAGGAGUGGCUAUCUUCCUGGAGAUGGUGGGGAAGUUUGGCAUCACGGCAGCAUUCUGUGUAGUGUACGCAGUCACGUCGGAGCUCUUCCCCACUGUGGUGAGAAACAUGGCCAUGGGGACGUGCUCCAUGGCAGCACGCAUCGGAACCAUCAUCUCACCCUUCAUCAUCUACCUCGGAAAUUACUACAAGUAUCUACCAUACAUAUUGAUUGGUAGCCUUGCAAUACUUGGGGGUCUGGUCUGCUUCAUUUUACCUGAGAGUUACGGCAAGGUUUUGCCAGAGACCAUCUUACAGAUGCAGCAUAUCAAAGGGUGUCGAUGCAACACAGACCAAGACACAGAAAACGUACAUAGCAAAUCAGAGUAUAGGAAGGAAUCUAAAUUGUAAAUCUUGUACUUCUAAGCUAACAUAUGGAAUUGUUUGUACAUGGCCAUACCAUGGAUCAUUUAACUAUUUGAUUUUGAAUUUUAGGACCCAUUUAGGUAUGAAAGAAUAUACUGUAUAUAAAAAAGUUAGUUGAUAAAAUAUUGAAAUUUAGCCUUAACUACUCUAACCCAUAGAAACACAUUGAAUAACACAUUCAUAAAUGGCAAAAAAGACAGUCAAAAAAUAAAAAAUAAGGAAUAAGGUU